AUGGUGGAGCUCAUCUUAGAUGAACUGGACCACAAGCCAGAUGCUGUAAAAUUCUACUGUGACAGCAAGGUAGUCCUUGGUUACAUCUGCAAUGACUCGAAACGUUUCUUCGUGUAUGUACAUAAUCGUGUGCAUCGUAUACACCAGACGACUUCCCCUGAGCAGUGGCGUUAUGUCCCUUCAGAACAGAAUCCAGCUGAUUUGGCCACUAGGUCUGUACCUGCAUCACGGCUCAUGGAUACUAUGUGGUUCAAGGAACCUAAUUUCCUUUACAAGCCUCCAGAGCCUGAAGUGCACAAGCUCUUCGAACUGAUAGACCCUGAAAUGGAUGAGGAGGUCAGACUGCAAGCUUCUACUUUCGCUACCCAUGUUGAAGCCAGGAGACUUACCUCUGAGCGUUUCCAGUGCUUUUCCACAUGGAACUCCUUGCUGAGAGCCAUUUUCCUCCUGAUCCACCAGGCACGUUCUCAUAGGUCAGGCUCCAUGGACACAUCACAGCACACGUGUAGAGGAUGGCAUAGAUGCAGAAAGCCUCGCACUCCUGAAGAACUCGCAGCUGCCAAGAGGCUCAUCCUUGAGUCUGUUCAAAGAGACACCUAUCCAAACGAGUACGCUGCUCUUCGAGCAAAUAAAGAGGUCUCUAGUUCCAGUUCAAUCUUGAACCUUGAUCCUUACAUCAGUGAUGGUCUGCUGAGGCGGGAAUAUGUCAGAAGUCUCGGGAGAAGGCUCAAAGGCAAACCGUAUGGCAUAAACGAACAGUUCCCACCUCUGAUUAUGGAGCGACGCCGAAUCCUUCUUCCCAUCUACCACAACAACCGAAAGAACGGCAAACGGGCCCGGCCCCUCACGACAUCAGACCACCCCCAGAGGAGGAACAGCACGGCGGGGAGCCUCAAGGACGCCAGCUCCACCGAGAUGAAUGUGGAGCCCUGGGAGGACCUUCAGCACUUUCCCAGGGAGCAGCUGGAUAAACUGUGCCUUGAUUCCUUCUGGAGUGAAGUGGAGACCAUCCGCCAGGGGAGCACAGAACGGGAAGCACCAGACAGCUGCCGACGAAACUCCAGACAGUCUGAAGAGGGUGAGCAGGAGGAGCAGUGGCUGCAGGACGCAGGACUUUCUCCUCAGAUUGGUCAAGGGGAGGAGGGUGUGGAGAAGGUGACGCUGCUGUCCACUCUCACGCGCACUCAGGCCGCUGCAGUACAGCGCCGCAUCGAUUCAUACACCGCCUCUAAAUGCGUGAGGAACAAAACCCUCCCAAGGGACAUCAGAGACUUCUUCAACUCCCAAAUCACACAGUCUCAGAGGAAGACUCUUGCCCUUGACCACAGAGUUAGAGAAGAAGAUAAGAAGGCAGAGGCUGUCAGUGUGCUGGAGCCCCAGGGAGGCCCCCAGAGGGAGGAAAUUUUCAUCACGGACAUUGCAUACUGUGAGCAGGUGGCCAUCUGGAUUAAGCUGCCAGGGAAACGUAGCCAGCAGAGGAAAGAGGACAGCACACUACCCAGGGUUGUCUGUCCCCAGGGCAGGCUGGGGGUCACACGCAUCCAAGACCUGUCUCAGCAGGACAUGAAAAAGGUUCGGCAGCUGGCUCUCAUCGAGAUGACUGCUCUGAGUGACCUGCUGGAGCUGGACAUGAAAAGACACAAAACCUGCAAAAGAAAAACCCCUGAUAGCCCUCUCUUUGGUAUCUCCUUGACCUCACUGCUAGAGAGCGAUCAGAAGAUAAAAGAAAGCACAAGUAUUCCUCUCAUUCUACAAGCAUUGCUCUCUUUCCUGGAGAAGAAGGGCAUUGAUUCUGAGGGGAUCUUGCGGAUUUCAGGGUCCCAGUCCAGAAUUAAGGCUGUUCAGCAGAAGCUGGAGAACACAUUCUACUCAGGGGGGUUCAUCUGGGAUGACGUCAGUCCCCAUGAUGCUGCUGCUCUGCUGAAGAAAUUCAUUAGGGAAUUACCCUCUCCUUUACUGACCGCUGAGCACCUCAACACCUUUACUGCAGUGAGGGACAUUCCUGAGCUGAAACAGAAGCUUCAAGUGUUGAAUCUCCUCGUUCUUCUCCUGCCAGAGCCCAACAGGAACACGCUUAAGGCUGUCCUGGAGUUCUUCAGUAAUGUGGUAUCCAGGGAGAGGAGAAACCGUAUGAACCUGUGGGCUGUCUCCACGGUGAUGGCUCCCAACCUGUUCCUCCACAGCGCAGUCCUCAACCGACACAUGGAGGGAGAGGAGAGGGGCCUGGCGGAGCAAGCAGCCAACAUCCUGAGACUCCUCAUACACUACCAGGACCUCCUCUGGACGAUCCCAAACUUCCUGAUGAGUCAGUUGCGGAAACUGAACGAGAACAGUCACCGACGGUACCAGUUCUAUGACAAACGGAUCAAGAACCUGCUGAGGAAGAUGCACAGUGAUAUCAAGGACAAACCUGACAAGAACUCCAUAGAACCCUGUCGCACUGUAAAGAUCCAGUUGGGAGAUAUUCACAGUGGCUCUAUGGAAGUCCUCCUCAACACAAACUCACGCACAGCUGAUCUGCUCAUCCUGGUCCACAAGGAACUGUGCAGCUCUGACAACGGCAAAGCCCUACUCAGGAGAAAUGGAUCACUUACAUAUCCAGACUGUGUGGUCUAUGAAGUGGGUGGAAAUAUUGGUGAGCACUGUCUAGACCCUGAGGCCCAUCUCCUGGACCUGUAUAACAAUAACCCCAGUGGGGAGUGGGUAAUCAGACUCAAGCCCAGCAGGGGGCGGUAG